GAGCUAGAAAAGAAUCUGGGCCAGAUCCAAGAAAAACUGCAUCUGCAGCAGUUAAUGCAUGACUAUGUCACAAGCAGAGAUGUUCAAGUUCAAACAGAAACCCAUUUGUGGCAUAAGGGUGGAUACAGCAAGGAUCUUAAUCUAGAGGGUGACAGUGUCAGACUACUUCAGAUGUAUAAUGAUCUACAGAAACGUUACGUUAAAGAAAUCAAAACAAACCAGGAGCAAAGCGAAGCAAUUAAAAAUCUCACUAUUAAAAUUCAUGAGCUAGAGCAUAAUCUUCGAGAGCAGAGGCAAAGAAUUGAGCAAUUGGAAUGGAAAAAGGUUUCUUGGAAAACUAGUGCUGUUUCUGGAAAAAGAAGUCGAACCCCAGAGGGAGAAGUAACAUCUCGCAGGGACAUGUCUAAAAAGAAGGAGUCCUGUUGCAGUAAAUAUUUAGAGCUAUUGUUGAAGGAGAUUAAAAAGCUGAAGAAAGAAAAUGAAAAGUUGUCUACAGAAAGGAGAGCACUAAAAAAUGAAUUAGCCGGAUUAGACAAGGAUUUUUUUGAAGAGAUAGAAGAUCUCAAGCAUGCUGUACAGGAAUCUGUGAAACUGAAUAAUCAGUAUGAAAAGUGCUUGAAACAAAUAAGUGUACUGUAUGGACUUCCUUUUACAGCACAUUUGUAACUCCUGAUUAAUUUAAUGGCAAGUAGAUAUUCCACAUUUUUUAUACUUACUGCAACAUUUCCACCUACCAUGGCUUAUGUAGUACCACAUUUUGAUAAUAUUAUGGAUUCAAUUGUAUGAUCUCAAUAUGACAAGCUACUCUGAAAUGUUUU